AAUAUUAUUUACCUUUGAAAGGUUGAAGCUUGUACAGUACUACAGCUUGUACAGCUUGUACAGCUUGCGAUCCAAUCCCACUCUGCUACCGCAACCCAACUUCCAUCGCGCCAAUCAAUGAAUAUACAACUUUCUGCCUGCCAACUCGACUCCUUCCGAAUAUAGAACACUCAAAUUCCAUAAAAAUGGCUUCCGGAAUGCACCGCGCCGACGAGCGGCGCUUCCUCGACGAGCGCGGGUCCUCCGCGUCCCUCGCCCCGAACGGCCUGAACCCCGCGACAAUCAUGGAAAAGGCCGUACGAGAGCGAAUAAUCGACUCGUACUUCUGGAAAGAGCAGUGCUUCGGCGUGAACGAAGCCGACAUCGUCGACCGCGUCGUCGAGCACGUCUCCUUCGUCGGCGGCACGCACGGCGUCACGCAGAAGCCCACCCCCUUCCUCUGCCUCGCCUUCAAGCUGCUGCAGCUCGCGCCCGACGACGACGUGCUCGCCGAGUACCUGCGCUUCGGCGGCGACAAGUUCAAGUACCUGCGCGUCCUCGCCUGCUUCUACGUCCGCCUCACCCGCCGCCCCGAGCACGUCUACCAGACCCUCGAGCCCUUCUUGGAAGACCGCCGCAAGCUGCGCCGCCGUGGCCGCGCCGGCACCAGCUUGACCUACGUCGACCAGUUCGUCGACGACCUGCUGACCAAAGACCGCGUCUGCGCCACGAGCCUGUGGCAGAUGCCCAAACGCGAGAUCCUUGAGGACUUGGAGUUGCUGGAGCCGAGGGUUAGUCCGCUGGGCGACAUUGAGGAUCUGCUCGACGAGGACGAAGAAGAAGAGGCGAAGGUGAACGGUUCUGGUGCCGACGAUGACGACGACGACGAGGGACUGGUUGAAGAGGAGGAGGGAGAGGAGGGAGAGCUGUCGGAUAGGGAUAGAAGACGGAGGAGGUCGACUUCUGGAUCAAGUAGGAGAGGGGGACGAUUUAACUCGAGAGACCGAAGCCGCUCACGCGACCGUAUGGACGUGGAUGAAAGGGAUAGAUCUAGCAGCCGGGAUGGAAGGCGAUAAUGACUAUAAAGGCUACACGGAUUCACAUGGUCGAACUAAGCAAUCGGAUUCAACGCGAACUACCACCUACGACGUUAUACACGGCAACUCGAAAUCUAGGACUGGGUGGGCUAUGAAUAGGCAUGG